AGAGAAUGCCAACGGGGAUAAAAUAGAGUGAUUCCGGUUUUGGGGCGAGCGGUCCACGGAAAAUGGAUAGCCAAGAUCAUACUGUGACUAACGCUCCCACCGCCGGAGACUCCGUCGGGAGUCAUCACAGAUCUUCACUGCGAGCCGACUGGGCUACUGUCGACGGAUCGCUUGGGCUCUCGGAGCAAGACUCAAUUGGCUACGCCCGCAGGUUCUUCAAGUUCGGAUUUUUGCUACUCCCGUGGCUUUGGGCCGUCAAUUGCUUUUAUUUCUGGCCAGUCCUUCGCAGCCCUUCUUCCUACUUCCAUCCCGAUCUCCGCCGCUAUGUGGUUGGAUCAGCUAUUGGAUUUGCUGUGUUCACAGCUGUUCUUUGUUCAUGGGCUAUUACCUUUGCGAUUGGAGGAGAGAAUCUAUUUGGGAAUUCGUGGAAUGAGCUGGUGAUGUACAAUGUUGCUGACAAAUAUGGAUUGACUGGCUGGAUGUAGAUGCCGUUCUUGUUUCCGUGGGGUGCUUUUACUUUUCACAAAGGACCCAGACUAUAGUUUCUCCAUUGGUUUGGCAUUUGUAAUUGUUUUUUCAACAUGAGAAAGUAGUCACAUACGAGUAUGUAAAGGUAUAUUAAUCGGCCAACUCAACUCAUACAGUCAAUAUCAAGGUUGGAUAAGUUGGAUUGAUAGGUUUGAUAGGUUGGGUUUGUUUAUACUUUUCCCUUCUCGAUGUAAUUGUGUUGGCUUUUGAAUUUUCCUCGAUCCAGCCAUACCACUCGUGCACGCACACACAUGUCCCAUUGCCAUAUUGCCUUUCAUUUGCAUACACAAAAAAUAAAAUGAAAUAGAGGAGCAACAAGUUGCAUUCAAUUGGUGUUCAAACCUUGUCAUUGGUGAAGUUGGAGCUCGCAACAACCAAGGUCCCAAUAAGGUGGGUUUAAUGGAGGUUCCAUGAAGUCAUUGGCUACUGUCUGGCGGUGAAUGUUUUGUUGGCAUCAUUGGAAGCCAUCCAAUGGUGGGGUUGGCCGAUCACUGCCCACUGCAAACUAAGAUGGUCCGAAUGGCCUAUCUGGAGGCUGUUUGGUCUUCCGCAAUGUAAGUAGAAUUCCACUUUUGGUUCUACUAGUUUUAUAUUAAUUCAACACACGUCUUUGUACAUUUAAUUCAAUUAAUCUUUCUUGACCAUUUUUGGUUCUUACGUUCAAUUUUCGACGCCUCUUCGGC